AGAUCCAGUCUUCAGAGCUGUUCUCUGCAAGUCUCGGGAAUUGUGGACAUUUUACAGGUGCAAGUCGGUAUUAACAGGAGGUAUCAUCUGCGAUUUGUGCGCAAGCUAACAGUUAAAGCAGCGGCAGUCAACCCUUACGUAGCCUGUCACCAUGACGUCAUUAAGAGUCUGGAAAUCCUGCACUUGCACAAAGAAAGAAGGUGGUGGUGGGGAGCAGCUGACAGUCUCCACUUUCUUGGUCCCUCCUCCCGAGGUCGCCAGCUACUGGCUGCGAUCUGAUUGCUGUUUAUUUUGUACCGCUAGGACUACCUGCUGCAGCAGACCUCUCGGAGCCCCGGGCAGAGAGCGGGACCAGGAACGGAGAGCUGUUUCUCCAACCUGCUCUCGGUGCCUUCCCUGUCCAGCAAUGGCCAGAAGGAGUUCUUUGUUUAUUCGUAUUGUGGAAGGGAAGAACUUGCCCGCAAAGGACAUUACAGGCAGUAGUGAUCCAUACUGUAUUGUGAAGAUAGAUGAUGAGACUAUUAUCAGGACUGCGACUGUAUGGAAAACACUGUCACCAUUUUGGGGAGAAGAAUACAAAGUGCACCUGCCACCCAACUUUCAUUGCGUGUCUUUCUAUGUUAUGGAUGAAGAUGCACUCAGUCGUGACGAUGUCAUCGGAAAGGUCUGCCUAACGCGGAAUGUAUUGGCUGAACAUCCUAAAGGAUACAACAGAUGGAUGAAUUUAACAGAAAUAGACCCAGAUGAAGAAGUACAAGGAGAAAUUCACCUUAAAAUUGAAAUAUAUAGUACCGAAUUGUCACGGAAAGUACGCUGCACUGUCUUUGAAGCAAGGGACUUGGCUCGAAAAGACAGAAAUGGAGCAUCAGACCCCUUUGUCAGAGUACAAUACAAUGCCAAAACACAAGAGAGCUCAGUUGUAAAGAAGUCCUGUUACCCCCGGUGGAAUGAAGUGUUCGAAUUUGACUUGGAUGAGACCUUUACAGAGAAAUUAACCAUAGAGGUUUGGGACUGGGAUCUUGUCAGUAGAAAUGACUUUCUAGGAAAGGUGGUGAUCAAUUUAAGUGGACUUCAGACUGACUCACAAGAAGAAGGUUGGUUCAGACUGAGUCCUGGGAAGUCCAAAAACAAUGAAGAUGAUGGAAACCUUGGUUCCUUGCAGCUCCAGGUGCGACUUCGUGACGAGACAGUGUUACCUUCAGACUACUAUCAGCCUUUGGUCCAGUUGCUGUGCCAGGAAGUUAAAACAUUUAAGAAGGAAAAAGGUGGACAUUUAAUAACUCUAAUAGAUGAGACCACAUCUACCGAGUGUAGACAAGAAGUAGCCACUAAUCUUAUCAAACUAUUCUUAGGACAAGGGCUAGCAAAGGAAUUCCUAGAUCUGCUCUUCAGACUUGAACUGGACAAAACAAAUGAGCCAAAUACAUUAUUCAGAAGUAAUUCAUUGGCUUCAAAAUCGAUGGAAUCAUUUCUUAAGGUGGCAGGAAUGCAGUACCUUCAUAUUGUUGUGGGACCAACAAUAAAUCGAAUAUUUGAGGAGAAAAAGUAUGUCGAACUUGAUCCAAGCAAAGUAGAAAUUAAAGAAGUAGGGUGCUCAGGUUUACACCGAAUCCAAACAGAGAGUGAAAUAAUCCUGCAAAGUGCUCAAUGUCUUCAGUCAUACCUGACAGAUCUCCUAAUAUCGAUAGCAAAAUCCGUUAAGCUGUGUCCUGCCACCAUACGGGCUACGUUCAGACAGCUCUUCAAGCAUGUGGAAGAACGCUUCCCAGAAAAUAAACAUGUGAACGUGAAGUUCAUUGCUGUAACCAGCUUCUUGUGUCUUCGUUUCUUUUCACCUGCCAUUAUGUCCCCAAAACUCUUUUACCUCAGAGAAAAGCAUGCAGAUGCUCGGACAAGCCGCACCUUGCUUCUUUUGGCCAAGGCUAUUCAGAACGUAGCAAACAUGGAUGCUCCAGCAAGUAGAACCAAGGAGUCCUGGAUGGCUCCACUGCAGCCAACAAUCCAACAAGGAGUUUCACAGCUGAAGGAGUUCAUUGUUAAACUUAUUAAUAUUGAGGAGAAGGAAGAACUCGACUUGCAGAAGGCACUAAAUCUGCAGGGCCUUACAGUGAAAGAGGGCCAACUAAUGAUCUACAGAACAAAAUGCAAAGGAUACCUGCUGGCUUCCUCCUUUAAGAAACUGUUUGUUUCAUUAACUGUUGAUGCUUUGAGUUUUGCAAAAACUGCAUAUUCCAAGAAAAGUUCUUUUAUUCCACUAUCACGGAUCCGAGCUUUGGAAAAGGUAGAAGAGAAGAGCUUUGGCAACUCGAAUGUAAUGCAGAUUAUCUACACAGAUGAAUCUGAUAACCUGGAGGCCUUAUAUUUGCAAUGUAAGUGUGUCAAUGAACUAAAUCAGUGGCUAUCAGCACUGAGGAAGGUGUGUGUGAACAAUGCAGAUAUGCUAUGUUCCUAUCAUCCUGGUGUGUUCAGAGGAGAGAAGUGGAGCUGCUGUCACCAAAAGGAAAAAGGAGUGGCUGGCUGUGAUAAAACUCGCCAUGAAGUCACCUUACAAGAAUGGAACGAUCUCCUGGAGCCAGAUUUAGAGGCACAGCUCAUUUUUAGACACCUGCUUGGGAUAAGAGAGUUGCUAAAGGAAAAACACCUGGAACUCACAAAGCAAACUAAUGAUGACUCUUUUACAGAUCCUGGAAGAAAAGACACAGCUAACCAGUUGUUCCAGAUUCUCCAAGAUCUUGAAGCUGCUCACAAUUUGUUUUUAAGGGAUUCACCGAGUAUCGCUGAUCGAGAAAAAAAGUACUUACUGGAAUUAUAGACUAAACAUUGGCAUAUCUGUAGUGAUAGUUAAUCAUACCUGGGAACUUCUCAGAGCUCCCCUUAUUCUGGGAAGGGGCUUGUUUCAAGAGGCUAGGGUAGCCACAGAGGAGGUGGGACUAAGCCUUAAGUGGAUGGGGAUAGGUGCUGGAAAUAGGUGUCACCAAGCAUCGCUCCUUUGCCCGGAGAAAGAAAAUACUGACCCAGAGAUCCAGGGAAGCGGUGCUUCACCAACAGACUCCAGGUAAAAAAAAAAAAAAAAAAACAGAGGUCCCAGGUAUGUAGGUAAUGUUAGUCUGACUAUGUUGCAUAUAAUACUAUGUUAAUAUUUUAUUAGCAAAUAGCACUUUAAACUGCCAAAAUACAUUGAUCUUGUAAUUAAAAAUAUUUAAAUAGA